AUGGACUGCAUAGGCUACUGCCAUGAUGAGUCUCAACAGCGUUUUGGAUUGAUCUACAAUCUUCCGGUCUUAGAGGAUGACAAACCGCCGGAUAUUGUCUCCCUCUAUGACCUGAUCCAUCCACAAAAUGGUGCUGAUACGGUAUUUCCAAGCUUGAAUGACUGCUUUCUAGUAUCACGUAUCCUAGCCAAUAGCCUAUUGCAACUCCAUACCACAUGUUGGCUUCACCGAAAUUUGGGCAGCUCACACAUUCUGUUUAUCAAAUCCGGAAAAAGCAUGGACUGGCUUCAGUAUCCAUAUCUAUCUGGAUUCGGGUAUUCUCGAUUAGACGAUCCUAGGGCAGUCUCUAUGCCGCUUCGUUCCCAGGAUGAGGCAGCAGCAUACCAGCACCCUGAUCUGACCGAAAAUCCGCGGAUCGGAUACAGGCGUGAAUACGAUACCUAUAGCCUGGGGAUUGUUUUGACUGAACUCGGAUUCUGGCGCCCGAUUCUCAAGUUUCGAAAGUCGGAGUAUCGUCCGAAGCGGAACCAUCGUCGGCUGUUAGAAUACCAACUCACUGGCGAUCUUGCGCAUCGGAUGUGUCAGCAGUUCGAGCAGGCUAUCAAGCUACUAUUGACCGGCAAGGCGUAUGGAGAUUCAAAAGUAGAAGGCGAACAACUCAUUGCAUUUUCACGGAAUAUUGUCUCACAGCUUGGUAUUCAAAGCCUGUGCUGA